CAUCUUCAGGCAAAACUGCCUCAGCUUCAGAAAAACCUCUGUCAUCUUCAGACAAAACUGCCUCAGCGUCAGAAAACCCUCUGUCAUCCUCAGAUAAAACUGCUUCAAACCAAACGGCCUAAGAAAAACAUCUCAAAGGACUCAGGUCUCAGAAAAAACGCUGUCGGAAAAAGUGGAGUCAGGUCUCAGAAAAAACGCUGUCGGAAAAAGUGGAGUCAGGUCUCAGAAAAAACGCAGUCAGAAAAAACAGAGUCAGACGAACAAGUCUCGGAUAAAAAGUUAUCAGAGUCAGGUAUCAGACAUCAGAUGAAAAUGAGUCGGGUCUCAGGAAAACAGCUGUCCGAAAAAGUGGAGUCAGACGAAAACGUCUCAAAUGAAAAGUUAUCAGAAGCUGAAAAAUAUCACGCAUCAUAGCGAAAUGAUACGUCAUCAAAAUGCGACCGCCAUACAACGUAGCCUCAUGCUUACUAGCCAGUGUAAGAGUGCGGGGAAAGAACAACGACGGCUACAGAACGACAAUGGACAGAGUUAGAGAGUACGACAACUUAAAACAACAACUUGAAAAUGGAGAGCUGACUCAAAAAGGGUUUGACACACGAGUAAAAAAGCUUCUGGUGGCAAAGGAAACCGGGCAGAGUGAAGGGAGUUCCAGUUCUAGCAAUGAUUAUUUGACUGCAGCUGAGGCUUUUGCCAAAGCAAAACAUCUUGUACAGCCGCAAGUUGUGAAGAAGAAGCAAUAUCCACUGGCAGUUAAACCAUCAAAGUCGUCACUUCUAAAGGUUAAAAUGGCUCCCAUGGAGUGGAGGCCACGGACUACAAAGAGGUCAGGGAAAUAUCAAAAAAUUAUUUUGGAAGAGAUCCCUCCCCGUGUUGUCCUGCAGGGAGAUGAGACCUAUGACGACCUGCUAAAAAUAGGACAAGAAAUGUUCUGGCCUGACAAGCACGAUCAAAGUGAAUUCACCCUUUGCCAUGGAGACGGUAGUAGGUGGACCAAGGUGGAAUUCUCUGCAGAGUUCAAAACUGUUUCUGAUAUGACCACUCCUUGGAAAAGGACUCUUUAUGUUGGACGAAGAGAAUUGGAUAAUUUGGAAGUUAUCUGCGUAGAUGAUGAAACUACAGCACCAGAUGAGGAGGAUGAAGGGGAUAUGGAUCAAAGUAUGUUUGAUGAGGAUUCCAGUGCCGAGUCAGCUAGAGGCAGUAGUGCAGGGACAGCUGUAGCUCAACACAUUUCAAAUCUCAGGGUCAACAGUGAGUCAACUGCAGAGGCAGCGGUAGGUGAGAAUUGGACAUCAGAGAGUGCAGUGGAGGGAAAUGAGAGUGUGAAGGCUUCACACGAUCCCAUCCUGCCCUCUUUGUAUCUUCCACGUGUCCCAUAUGUGGACAGCUCCUUAAUCAAAUACGAUGAAAGGCUUCUCCUUGGAGAAGGAACGUUUGGUCAGGUGUACGGAGGCUCGUACCAGGGUACACCUGCGGCUGUAAAAAGAAUAGUGUUAGGAAGUGCCAAAGCAGAAGAGCAGGACAUCCACCAUGAAAUAAAUGUGUCUCUGAGACUGUCACAUCCCAACAUUGUGAGACUUCUGGCGGCAGCUCGCAGUGACACCUGCUUUUUGUUGGCUACAGAGUAUAUCCAUGGAGCUCCUCUUGAUGUCGUCAUUAACUCUGACAGCUGCAUUGUAAAGCUGGAAGGACACGAUGACGAAUUCAUCGCUCUCGAUCUAGCAAUGGCGACAGAGUAUAUCCAUGCACAGCAGGUUAUUCAUCAGGACCUUAAGCCAGCCAAUGUUAUGAUUCAAUUACAGUCGAAGAGGGCAGUCCUAACAGACUGGGGUUUGGCCAAUAUUAGAGACACUGUCCAGCUUCGCCAAGGUAGCCGUGCACAAGGACAGGCUGUAGGGCCCAUGGGCGGGACAUUCCUGUACAUGGCACCUGAGUGCAUCCUGCACUUUCAGGAUGCCUCCUGGUACACUGACAUGUGGUCCCUGGGGGCCACCUAUCUGGAAUUGUUCACAAGGUCAUCCCCAUGGCUCAUCAGAAAACAACGAGAGCUGGCUGCUCUCAUGGCAUCGAAGACCCCUCCACACGCUCUCCAAAGUCUCAACGAGAAGUACCACUUUUUGGGUACAUUGCUCAACUAUGAGCCGCAAUCCCGACCCAACGCCUCAGGAGUAGUAGAAUUUCUCAAGUCAGGGCUUGGCCUGGAUUUAGAGAGCCGAUAUGGGUAUAAGUGGUAGAGAAAUGCUGACAGUGUGAGGAAGUGUUUUUGUGUUCUGAUAGUUCUAGUGAAGUCAUAGUUUAAAUAAUUGAAAGCUUCCAAUUUGUUCUACAUUGAUGUCCAGUGUGUGUUCAGCUGCAAAAGUAUCCACAUUAAAAUAAAGAGCAUG